AUGCCAUCAACCGAUUCAAACAGCGCCCAGGGAUCUCUGACCAACUACGUCGCCUAUCAUGAUCGACGAAUCGGAAAGGACACCGUUGGGCACUACGAUCUAGAAAAUGGAACUAUUGUACCGCUGAGCUUCAUCUCAGGAACACACGUUGAAAACAUAUAUCAAGUCAUUGAAGUUGGCGAAUCCAAUAUCAUAUGCGUCAGCCAGUCCCAGCCUGCCAGGAGUCUCAAGAUCCUGCCUCCGUUCCCGGAUCGCGACGUUCUUUGCGUUGGCAAGAACUAUUCUGAACACGCGAAAGAGUUUAAUAGCUCGGGAUUUGAUAGCUCCGACAAGGUCGAUACGCCCUCGCAUCCAGUCAUCUUCACUAAGCGGUUUACGUCCAUCAUCGCUCAUUGCGACAAGAUAUAUCCGCAUCCUGACUUCUCCCGAACUGUCGACUAUGAGGGAGAAAUCGGAGUCGUUAUUGGCAAGUCUGGUUAUCGCAUCUCAGAAGCCGAUGCUAUGGAUCAUGUCUGGGGUUAUACCAUCAUCAACGACAUUACGGCGCGCGAAAGGCAACGCGACCAUAAGCAAUUCUAUAUUGGGAAGUCGGCAGACACUUUCUGUCCUAUGGGCCCUAUAGCCGUCCCAAAAGAGAGACUGGAUGAAGUGCUACGAGUCCAGACCCAUGUAAACGGAGAGCUACGACAAGAUGCUACCACAAACGACCUCAUCUUCUCAAUUCCGUUCUUGAUCAAGACUAUGUCCGAAGGGCAGACUUUGUUACCUGGAGACGUUCUGGCGACAGGCACACCCGCUGGUGUCGGUAUUGGGAGGAAACCGCCUGUCUAUCUAAAGGCAGGGGACGAGGUUUCUGUUUCGAUAAAUGGCUUGAGUACCCUGGUCAAUGAAGUCGCCAACCCACAUCUAGGUAAGCCGAAGGUUGAAGACAUAUCUCACAUGCGCACUACGCAUACAGUCGACAAGUACAAGCAAUCAACGCUCACACUGAUCAACGGAAAGCCGUUGUAUUAUACCAAAUCCGACUCAGGAACUGACAGGCCCCCUGUUGUCCUUCUCCAUGGAUUGGGUGGCAGUAACGACUACUUUGAGCCUCUGAUAUACGCUUUGAAAUUACAGGAGAGGCAUACGCUACACGCUUUCGACUUUGAAGGUCACGGUCUUUCGCCCACAUCGCCUCUUAGUAAGAUAAGCGUCGAGUCGUUAGCCGAGGACUUGAACGGCAUAUUCGGACAUGCCAAAAUUACAUCGAAAGCCAUCAUUGUUGCGCACGGGAUAAGCUGCCUUGUUGCCAUGAGCUUCACUCUUGCACACCCAGAAUUGGUCGCAAAGCUUGUCCUGCUCAGUCCACCUCCGUCGCCACUGCCUGACCUCGAACGUUUGAACAUGCGCUCUGGGAUUCAUUCUGCUCGUGCUAGUGGGACAUCUAGAAGGACACGAGAGACAAAUCCGCUUGCGAACACGGCCAUAAAGAUGUCGCUCCUGAAUCAGGACGCAGAGGGAUAUGCAAAGGCCUUGCAAGCGUUGGUAGACGCGAAAGAGCUAGACGUUGGUGCGAUCGAAGCAAAGACUCUCAUAAUCACAGGCAGUGAAGACGAGAAUUCGCCACCCCAGACGUGUGAAGCGUACGUGGCGGCGAUGAAAAAACUCCGUAACACGAUCUACGCAUGGCUUUCCACCAGUAUCGCUCAGAGCCACUCCCAGAACAGUAGAGGCAGCAUACGCAUCACCAGCCACCCAAACAACUCCCGCUGGAUCACUGUGAAUGAUGGGAGAGGAUCCACCCGCCAAGAUCUCGGCUUCCUCCAAUCCUGCAUGCAGAUUCGGUACGAGAAUCUUCCAAUCCAGGUGGCCCAUACCCAGAUCGACAUCGCUUUAUCUGAGCUCGUCAAGUACGCCCGGAACGUCGAGUCCGCCCGGAUUCUUGGGUACACUGACAAUUUCACCCUCCCGAUUGGCACCGUUACGGUUGUCGACAUCCUGGCCUUGCUCAAGACAUGCUAUGCGGUCCACGGCCUCCCCUGCCCAAAGCAUCAGCUGAUCCCGCCCAAUCCCGCCCCACGUCUUCUGCAGAUAUGCGCGCAGGUCCCCAUUUUUGCAGAAUGCAAAGACGAGGCCAACCGACGAGAUUUCCAGCGGCGCAAGGAUGCCAGCGCGUAUGCCAAGAUGCUGGUAUGUCUCUUUCUCACGCUCUAG